CUGGGACCCUUCAGUCUGCAGGCCAACACUCUAUCCACUGAAACAAACCAGCUAGGGCAAUUUGGCAGUCUUUUAAGCAGGGAUUCAUUCUUCCUUCUCCGACAAUGUUUUGUAUUUAUUUUUUGUGUAUAAUUUUAAUAAAUUCGGAAAGGUUUUUCUAUACAACCCUCUUGGUUUAAAGAGUAUCACAUAAUGUUUCUUAUGGAACAGGUGUACAAGUUUAAUGAAGUUAUAACUGUCACUAAAGGACUUUCUAUCUCUCAUUGUCACCAGAGUACAUAUAAUGGAGAGAGCAGUUAUCAAUGGAUUGAACAUUGGAAAAAUUUUAAGCAAGAGUCAUAUCUUAAUCAUCAGUGGAGAAGGGCGCUUGCAGAAAACCAUUAUAAAAGUGGAAAAGUCAUUGACCAAAUGUCCAAUCCCAAUACACAUCAGGUUAUUCUUAUUGUGGAGAAGACACACAUAGGAAGUAAAUGUGUCCAGUCUUUUCAGCAGUAUUCAAAUUACACUGAAGAAGAGAAUAUUCAUACCACGGAGGAGGCUGACAACUGGAAUCCUUGUGGUAGAAUGUCUAGUCAAAUAUUCAAUCUAAAUAAAAUGGAAAAAAUCCGUAAUGGAGAAAAACCUUAUAAAUGUAAAGAUUCUGGUAAAAUAUCUAAUUGGUCUUCAGGUUGUAUUCUAAAUCAGAAAAUUCAUACUGGAGAGAAGCCUUAUAAAUGUGGAGAAUGUGGCAGAGCCUAUAGAUGGUCCUCACACCUUACUAGGCAUCAGAGAUUUCAUACUGGAGAGAGGCCUUAUAAAUGUGUAGAAUGUGGCGAAGUCUUUAGAUGGUCCUCAGAACUUACUCUGCAUAAGAGAUUUCAUACUGGAGAGAAGCCUUAUAAAUGUAGAGAAUGGGGCAAAGCCUUUACAAGAUCCUCACACCUUACUAUGCAUCAGAGAGUUCAUACUGGAGAGAAGCCAUUUAAAUGUGGAGAAUGUGGCAAAGCCUAUAGAUGGUCCUCACAGCUUACUACGCAUCAGAGAGUUCAUACUGGAAAGAAGCCUUAUAAAUGUGGAGAAUGUGCCAAAGUCUUUAGAAGGUCAUCAGAACUUUCUGCACAUAAGAGAGUUCAUACUGGAGAGAAGCCUUAUAAAUGUGGAGAAUGUGCCAAAGUCUUUAGAAGGUCAUCAGAACUUUCUGCACAUAAGAGAGUUCAUACUGGAGAGAAGCCUUAUAAAUGUGGAGAAUGUGCCAAAGUCUUUAGAAGGUCAUCAGAACUUUCUGCACAUAAGAGAGUUCAUACUGGAGAGAAGCCUUAUAAAUGUGGAGAAUGUGCCAAAGUCUUUAGAAGGUCAUCAGAACUUUCUGCACAUAAGAGAGUUCAUACUGGAGAGAAGCCUUAUAAAUGUGGAGAAUGUGCCAAAGUCUUUAGAAGGUCAUCAGAACUUUCUGCACAUAAGAGAGUUCAUACUGGAGAGAAGCCUUAUAAAUGUGGAGAAUGUGCCAAAGUCUUUAGAAGGUCAUCAGAACUUUCUGCACAUAAGAGAGUUCAUACUGGAGAGAAGCCUUAUAAAUGUGGAGAAUGUGCCAAAGUCUUUAGAAGGUCAUCAGAACUUUCUGCACAUAAGAGAGUUCAUACUGGAGAGAAGCCUUAUAAAUGUGGAGAAUGUGCCAAAGUCUUUAGAAGGUCAUCAGAACUUUCUGCACAUAAGAGAGUUCAUACUGGAGAGAAGCCUUAUAAAUGUGGAGAAUGUGCCAAAGUCUUUAGAAGGUCAUCAGAACUUUCUGCACAUAAGAGAGUUCAUACUGGAGAGAAGCCUUAUAAAUGUGGAGAAUGUGCCAAAGUCUUUAGAAGGUCAUCAGAACUUUCUGCACAUAAGAGAGUUCAUACUGGAGAGAAGCCUUAUAAAUGCAGAGAAUGUGGCAAAGCCUUUACAACAUCCUCACACCGUACUAGGCAUCAAAGAGUUCAUACUGGAGAGAAGCCUUAUAAAUGUGGAGAAUGUGGCAAAGCGUUUAGAAUACCCUCAGAACUUACUAUGCAUCAGAAAGUUCAUACUGGAGAGAAGCUUUAUAAAUGUGAACCGUGUGGGAGAGUCUGCAGUCAAAUAUUCAAUCUAAAUAGAUGCAAAAAAAUCCAUAGGAGAAAGGAACCUUAUAAAUGUAAAGAUUUUGGUAAAACAUCUUAUUGUCCUUCAGGUUAUACUCUAAAUCAGAGAAUUUAUACUGGAGAGAAGCCUUACAAAUGUAAAGCAUGUGGCAAAGCCUUUAAAUGUCAUUCCUCUCUUAUUGUACAUAAAGGAAGAAUUCACACUAAAGCAAAAUUAUACAAACUCAGGGAAAAUGAAAAAGUCUUUAGUCAGUCCUCAAGACAUACGCAACAUCAUAGAAGUCAUAGGGAAAAACAGUCUUAUAAAUGUUCAGAAUGUGACAAAAUCUUUAGCCGGCCCUCAACCCGUAUUCUUCAUCAGAGAAUUCACACUGGAGAAAACCCUUAUAAAUGUAGAGAAUGUGGCAAGACCUUUAAAAACCAUGCAGUUCUUACUAAUCAUCAGAGUGUUCAUACUGAAGAUAGGCCUUAUAAAUGUAGAGAAUGUGGUAAAGCAUUCCUCCACGCCUCAAGCAUGAUUCGACAUAAGAAAGUUCAUACUGGAGAGAAACCUUACAAAUGUAGAGAAUGUGGCAAAGCCUUUAGGCAGUCCGCAGCCCUAACUUGCCAUCAGAGAGUUCAUACUGGAGAGAAGCCUUAUAAAUGUAGAGAAUGUGGCAAAGCCUUUAGAUAUUCCUCCUCCCUUAAUGUACAUCAAAGACUUCAUACCGGAGAUAAGGUUUAUAAAUGUAGAGCAUGUGACAAAGCCUUUGGCCGGUCCUCACACCUUACUUGUCAUCAGAGAGUUCAUUCUGGAGAGAAGCCUUAUAAAUGUAGAGAAUGUGGCAAAGCCUUUAGGCAGUCCGCAGCCCUUACUUGCCACCAGAGAGUUCAUACUAGAGAGCAGCCUUAUAAAUGUAGAGAAUGUGGCAAAGCCUUUAGAUAUUCCUCCUCCCUUAAUGUACAUCAAAGACUUCAUACUGGAGAUAAGGUUUAUAAAUGUAGAGCAUGUGGCAAAGCCUUUGGCCGGUUCUCACGCUUUACUUAUCAUCAGAGAGUUCAUUCUGGAGAGAAGCCCUAUAAAUGUAAAGUGUGUGGCAAAAGCUUUAGCUACUACUCAGAUCUUAAUCGUCAUCAACUUAUUCAUACUGGAGAGAAGCCUUAUAAAUGUAGAGAAUGUGGCAAAGCCUUUAGCUGGUUCUCAUCCCUUUCUAAUCAUCAGCGUGUUCAUACUGGAGAGAAGCCUUAUAAAUGUAGAGAAUGUGACAAAGCCUUUAGCAAUACUUCAAAUCUUAUUGUACAUCAGAAGGUUCACACUGGAGAGAAACCUUAUAAAUGUAGAGAAUGUGGGAAAGCCUUUAGCAGGUCUUCAAGUCUUACUGUACAUCAGAGAAUUCAUUCAGGUGAGAAGCCUUAUACGUGUAGAGAAUGUGGCAAAGCCUUUGUCACCUCCUCAAAUCUUAUUAAGCACCAGAGUAUUCACACUGGAGAGAAGCCCUGCAUCCCUUACUAAGCACCAGAGAGUUCACACUUGAGAGAAGCCUUCUAAAUGUAGAGGAUAUAACAGCCUUUCAUCAGUGUUUCUGCCUUACUUUACAGCAGAGUUCACACUUGAGAGAAGCCUUAAAAAUGUGGAGGAUAUAACGGCCUUUCGUCAGUGUUCCUGCCUUACUGUACAGCAGAGUUCAUAAUUGAGAGAAGACUUACAGAUGUGAGGAGUGUCGUAUGUCCUUUACCAGCUGUGAGAACUUACAGAACAUCAUAGAAUUGAUACUGGCAAGAAGCCUUAUGAAUGUGAAAAAUGUAGAAAAGCCUUUAUAAGGCAUUCAUGUAUUACUGUACCUGAG